CCACCUCCCACAACACACAAACCACACACGACAACCAACCAACGUUCAACAACACGACAAGCAAGCAAGCGAGCAAGCAAGCACAAUGUCCAGCAAGGCGGCGAGCAGCAGCAGCAGCAGCAGCAGUGGCGGUGAUGGCGCCCAGGACCAGCUCAACGGGAUCCGCCGAGCGCCGUUCAUCGAGGACGUGGAGGCCGUGAUGAAGAAGGAGCAGUUUGGAAAGACAGCGGAGGAGGCGCUUCGUGUGCUGGACCACAUGUACAGCCGCUACAAGAUGAUCGAGGCCACCCUCGAAAGCCAGCGGCAAAAGCUGGAGGCACGUCUUCCCGAUCUCAAGUCGACGCUCGCGGCCGUAUCACACGUCGAGAAGGCCAACGACGGUGGGGAGGAGCUCAAGACGACGUUCUCCUUGACCGACAACGCUCACGUCGGCGCCAAGAUUACAGACACCUCCAAAGUCUGCCUCUGGCUCGGGGCCAACGUGAUGCUUGAGUAUGAUGUGGCCGAGGCCAAGACCAUCCUGCAGUCGCACAUUGAGCAGGCGGAGAGCAAGCUGAAGGUGACGCUCGAGUCACUCGACUACGUGCGCGACCAGCAGACCACGAUGGAGGUCAACAUGGCCCGCGUGUACAACUGGGACGUUGCCCGCCGCCGCAGGGAUCGCCUGCCCUAAUGCACCACGGAGGAUGUUGUUUGGUGUGCUUGUGUGUGUGUGUGUAUGGGGGGGGGGGAGAGUUAGAGAGAUGGUUGUGUGAAGGAAGAGAGGUGGAGCGCGUGGUGAUUGUUUGAGUGUGUGCAUGUGAUGUGUGGUGUGUGCUGUCUCUUAGUCUCCAAUACACACUGAGGUUGCGUGCUUCACAUCAG